CACACUCUUCUCUCUCUCUCUCUCUCCGCCUCCAUUAUCUUCGAAAGACCAAAUCUAAUCCUCUCUCUCUCUCGGUUUCCGCCAUUUCCACAGCUCCACCAAAGCUAUAACCUUUCUCCAUACUCGAGAGAGAGAGUGAGACCGAAUUUGGAAAUUUCUUGAGGAGGAGGUGGUGUGUGUGUUUUCCAGAUCAGAUCGGAUCGUAAAUUUUUAAAAAAAGAUGCAGACGACAAACAACGGCUCAGAUUCUGCGUUGGCUACAUCCGCCGGAGCAACGCCACCGUUGCAACAAUCGACUCCGCCGCCUCAGCAGCAACAACAGUGGCAGCAACAACAACAAUGGAUGGCGGCGAUGCAGUAUCCAGCGGCGGCUAUGGCGAUGAUGCAGCAGCAACAGAUGAUGAUGUAUCCUCACCAAUACGCUCCGUAUAACCAAGCUCAUUAUCAGCAUCCUCAGUUUCAAUACGCUGCUGCUUCUUCUUAUCAGAAUCAGAAUCAUCAGCAGAAGAAUCAUCAUCAUCAACGUGUUGGAUCUGGUGGAGAUGAUGUCAAGACACUUUGGGUUGGUGAUCUUCUUCAUUGGAUGGACGAGGCUUAUCUUCAUACCUGUUUCUCUCACACCAAUGAGGUCUCUUCUGUGAAAGUUAUACGCAACAAGCAAACUUGUCAGUCAGAAGGGUAUGGUUUUGUCGAGUUCCUUUCACGUUCAGCAGCUGAGGAGGUUCUUCAGAGCUAUAGCGGUGUAACAAUGCCGAACGCAGAGCAGCCCUUCCGUUUAAACUGGGCAUCUUUCAGCACCGGUGAGAAAAGGGCAUCAGAAAAUGGUCCAGAUGUAUCGAUAUUUGUAGGAGAUUUGGCUCCAGAUGUCACUGAUACUGUACUGCUUGAGACUUUUGCUGGAUAUCCUUCUGUCAAAGGCGCAAAAGUUGUGAUCGAUUCCAACACUGGCCGUUCCAAAGGCUACGGGUUUGUCAGGUUUGGUGAUGAGAACGAGCGAUCAAGAGCUAUGAACGAAAUGAAUGGUGCUUUCUGCUCAAGCAGGCCAAUGCGUGUCGGUAUUGCAACCCCUAAAAGAGCCGCUGCUUACGGUCAACAAAAUGGUUCACAAGCUCUGACAUUGGCUGGUGGACAUGGAGGAAAUGGUUCUAUGGCUCAUGGUUCAAUGUCUGAUGGGGAAUCAAAUAACUCAACAAUAUUUGUUGGCGGCCUUGACGCUGAUGUUACUGAAGAAGAUCUCAUGCAACCUUUUGCUCAGUUCGGGGAAGUUGUGUCUGUGAAGAUCCCAGUAGGAAAAGGAUGCGGGUUUGUCCAGUUUGGUAACAGGCAGAGUGCUGAAGAUGCGAUCCAGAACUUGAACGGGACAGUCAUCGGGAAAAACACUGUCCGGCUUUCUUGGGGACGAAGCCCCAACAAACAGUGGAGAGGAGACUCGGGCCACCAAUGGAACGGAGGAUACUCAAGAGGACAAGGUUACAACAACGGUUAUGCUAAUCAGGACUCAAACAUGUAUGCUACUGCUACAGCUGCUGUCCCGGGAGCUUCUUGAAAGUGUUGGUAUGUCUCUGUCAUCAGAAAAUCACGUAAGUCCUGGACUUACGGGGACUUGGUUUCAAAACAAACCAUCGGAAUGUCAAAGCGAUCCGAUGAUAAAGUUGUUGGUUCAGGGGUUAGCUCGCAACAACAAAACUAAAAAACCUCUCUUUAGUCAAAAGAGGGUUUUGUAUCCUGGAUUUGAUAUUUUUGCUUAUCUUGCUGUCUCAGUCUCUGUCAAAAUUUUGAGGUUGUCUGAAACUUGAAUUUUAUUUUCAAACUUUCUUAAGUUUAUUUGUCAUGUUACCGAGACUUCCUCAAAGUCAGAGUUUGGUCAACAAUAAGUGAUUUUCCAAAUCGUUUGGAUCAAUUA